CAUCUCAGAUUCUCAGGUUUUGGAUAAAAUCAAAAAGAUAAACUUUGGAGUGAGAGAGAGAGAGAAGGAAAGAGGGUUCCCUCACGUUCACGAGCGUAUCACCGACCCUCUGCACCUGCAACUUCCAAAAUUCAACUUCUGAAAAUAAAAUCCCCAUUUGGUUGGGUUGGUGAAAGUUGAAACCUUUUCACGAGCACCAACCACACACACACUUUAACUUGAACUCUUUCUUCACCCAUUUCCUGCAACGACCCACGUUUUGUUUUGCGAAGAUCUGAUCUGGGUGGUGGAUAUUUCAAUGUGAGAGUUGAGGCUUUUGGUGCAUAAUAAUAAGAAAAAGGUGGGAUUUGUGAAGCGUGGAGAUGGAUCGUUCUGCGAUCACUGUUGGGCCAGGAAUGGACAUGCCCAUUAUGCAUGACAGUGACAGGUAUGAGCUGGUUCGUGAUAUUGGCUCUGGGAAUUUUGGGGUGGCAAGGCUCAUGAGAGACAAGCACACUGAGGAGCUUGUUGCUGUCAAGUAUAUUGAGAGAGGUGAUAAGAUAGAUGAAAAUGUACGAAGGGAGAUUAUAAAUCACAGAUCACUGAGGCAUCCCAAUAUUGUCAGGUUCAAGGAGGUCAUAUUGACCCCAACACAUUUGGCUAUUGUGAUGGAAUAUGCUUCUGGAGGAGAGCUAUUUGAGCGAAUAUGCAAUGCAGGACGGUUCAGUGAAGAUGAGGCACGCUUUUUCUUUCAGCAACUUAUAUCAGGGGUUAGCUACUGUCAUGCAAUGCAAGUAUGCCAUCGUGACUUGAAAUUGGAGAACACAUUGUUGGAUGGUAGUCCAGCUCCUCGUUUGAAGAUUUGUGACUUUGGAUAUUCAAAGUCCUCGGUGCUACAUUCACAACCAAAAUCUACAGUUGGUACCCCUGCAUACAUCGCUCCUGAAGUUUUGCUAAAGAAGGAAUAUGAUGGCAAGAUUGCAGAUGUGUGGUCUUGUGGGGUGACCUUAUAUGUCAUGUUGGUGGGUGCAUAUCCUUUUGAGGAUCCAGAGGAGCCUAAAAAUUUCCGGAAGACAAUUCAUAGGAUUUUGAAAGUCCAGUACUCAAUUCCUGAUUAUGUUCACAUAUCUCCCGAAUGCUGUCAUCUAAUCUCAAGGAUCUUUGUUGCAGACCCUGCACUGAGAAUAAACAUACCCGAGAUUAGAAACCACGAGUGGUUUUUGAAGAACCUUCCGACUGAACUCAUGGUUGAGAACACAAUGAAUAACCAGUUUGAGGAGCCUGAUCAACCAAUGCAGAGCAUUGAAGAAAUCAUGCAGAUAAUCAGUGAGGCUACAAUUCCUGCAGCUGGAACUCAGUCUUUGAACCAGUAUCUUACUACUGGUAGCUUGGAUAUUGACGACGACAUGGAUGAAGACAUAGAGACCGAUCCUGAUAUUGAUAUUGAAAGCAGUGGAGAAAUAGUUUAUGCAAUGUAAGCUGCUGGCAGACAAUGGAAACUGGCUUAUCUGGUCAAUUUAAAUAUAAUACCCUUACCAUUGGUUGUUCAGUGGGUUUGGAAUAUGUGAAAGAAAAAGAUUUCACAUCUAAAGGAAAGGAUUCUGUGAUAAAAAAAUUCUUAUAUUGUGAGGAUCCAUCCUGCUUAUAUUGUAUGGUCUUUCAUGACUACAUGCUGCUUUGUAUUCUUAGUUGUGUCAUUGUUAUAUUAUGAAGUGGUUGUCUUUCCCUUCUCACACUUCCUUUUUCCUUGGAAGUACUUUUUUCUUUAUCAUAUGGUCAUUUGUAGAAUAUUUUCUUUUUAAGCAUCUAUUUGGGGUUGGGUUCCAC